AUGGGUUACAGCAGGCUGUGUCUGUUACUGCUGCUGAGCAGCUACACACUGGCUCAAGAUGCCAAUGAAGAUAUCGAACCAACUUCAACAUGUCUGUUGGGCUCCAGAUUCAAGACCCAUAGGAGGUAUUUGUACCAGUACACGGCAGAGAGCAGAAACGGGGUGGUGGGUACUUCCAACCUGAGGAACGGCCCUAAAGUCUCCUGUCAGGUCGAGAUCGAAGUCCCUCAGAUGUGCAGAUUCAUCAUGCACACAAGAGACUGUGCUCUCAGCGAGGUGUCCGUCAUGGAUCCGCAGGGCCAGCCCGUCUACACCCAGGCCCCUGGCUCUGACGCCUUCCAGGCUGCCAUGGAGAAGAACCCUCUGAAGUUCUCCGGGGAGGACGGCGUUGCUCUCUUCCCUGAGACGGACGAGUCGGUCAACAUCCUGAACAUAAAGAGAGGAAUCAUUUCAGCGCUCAUGGUGCCACUGCUGGAGGACAGCCAGAGCAAACUCAUGAGCACGGUGCAUGGCCAGUGUUUGUCCAACUACAACGUAAACGAGAGACGGGAUAUCGCCACAGACGUGAGCGUGUCCAGAAAUCUGCCCGACUGUGACCAGUUCACCAGCAGGGAGUCAGCCAGCAGCCCUCUGGCCCUGCUGCAGAAACUGCAUCGCCCUUUGUCUAAACUCAUCUCAAGCACACAAACCUGCAACUACCAGUUUGACAACAAAGGAAAGCACGUCACGACAGCCAUGUGCGAGGAGAAACACACCUACCUGCCCUUCUCCCACGAAGAGAACGGACUAUCAUCAGUGGUGAACCAGGAUCUCAGCUUCCAGAACUCAAAAAGAAUCAACAACAGAGUGUUUGAUGUGAACCCCAGCCAAAGCAAACCACUCCACUUCGAAGACCCCGAUGACAAAGCCCCGGUCCAGACGAAGGACGCUGUUCUGAGCACCCUGAGGGACCUGGUGGAUCUUGGAAGCACAGACCAGGGACAGAAGAGGACCAGUCUCUUCCAUAAGCUGGUGUCCGGUCUGCGCGUGCUGAGGAACGAGACCCUGAGCCCGACUGUCACUGAUAUGAUGAAGAUCUCCGGCUGGCCCACCUUGCAGGCCCUGUUCCAGUGUGGGACUCCAGAGUGCACCAGCGGCAUCCUGCAGAUCAUCAGGAGCAUUAACGGGGUGUCGUGGGAAGUGGACGCUCUGGUCUACGGGCUGAGUCUGCAGGGGAACCCGGAUGCUGCACGAGUGCGAGAUAUGCUCAGCAUGGCUGAGUACAAACAGAGCAGGGCGAUCAUGUACGCUCUCGCCAACACGGUCAAGAAGUUCCAUGAAGGAGAGGCCACUCCGUUGGUCUCAGACGUGUCAAAGUUCAUGGAAACACUUUUGAAUGACUGCUCCGGAGAAAUCCUCGACACGUUCUCUGACUUCCCCGCUGACCCUGAAGAGUUGUCCUUCCUCGUGCUGAGGGUUGUUGGUGUGAUGGGUAAAGCCAUGCAGGAUGUCAGCCCCAGUCUGGUGUCGUCGAUUUUGCGCUGUGCUCAGAAAACAGACAUCCCAUUGUCCAAUCAGAAGGCAGCUCUUCGGGCCUUGAGGUUGAUGGAAACCACUGAUGAGAUCAAAGGUGUUCUAUCCAGAGUUUACCUAGACCCUCAGAGCCCUGUGGAGAAACGUAUUGCGGCCUACCUGCUCCUGAUGAAGAACCCAGACCAGGACUUGGUCAAAGACGCUGUGGACAGUUUGGCGAACGUGAAGGAUCAGCAGCUGAUAACUUUUGUGAUCUCCCACCUGAAGAACAUCCUCAAAUCCAACACGCCAGAAAUGAAAGAAGUCAUAGAGUACUCUGAGCGCGCCUUGCAGGACUACAUAGAAGUUAACGGCAUGUCAGCAAACCGCAAACUGGACUCUCCUUUGGGCUCGGUGCAGAGCAACAUGAUCCUGGACAACGUGAACACCUUACCGAAGGAGGUGAUGCUGGAGACCACUCUGAAGGUGUUUGACUACGAAUACGACUUCUUUGAGGUCGGUGUUGAGGGAACAGGAUUUGAACCGACGAUUGACGCUCUCUUUGGAGAGGAGGGUUUCUUUCCAGAUGCCGUCUCUAAGGUGGUUUACUGGGCUGGAGACAAAGCUGAGGCGCUCAGAGAGACUUUGGACAGGAUCGCUCCCAACAAAGACAGAAUGAAGAGACAGGUCCCGGAGGGUCUCCUCUCAGAUAUCACCUCCAGUUUCCAGAAGCUUCUGGAUACCGUUCGUUUCUCUCAAAAACCAGAAGCCAUAGCCUACCUGAAGCUUCUGGGGAACGAGAUCGGAUACAUCGCGCCCGGCGACAUGAGAAAGAUGACUGAGAGCCUGUCCAUGUACUACCAUAUUUUCUUCCGGAUGCUGCCUUCAAAUGCCCUCAUUGCGUUAACAUCCGGCACUGAGAAUGAAGUCUUCGCUCACUACAUCUUCAUGGAGAACGCCUUCUCUCUGCCCACGGCCUCGGGCUUCCCUCUGAAGUUCUCCCUGUCAGGUGUGUUUGCACCCGGAGCCAAAGGAGGCUUGUCUCGCUCAGACAACAGUAGAAUGGCUAAAUUGUCCUUCAAGCCUUCAGUCGGGCUCGAGUUCAUCACACAGAUGGGCGUGCACAUCCCGGACUACGUGGAGUCCGGGCUGGAGUUGCACACUAAUCUGCAUCACGAGAGUUCCCUCAAUGCUGAAGUCACCUUGAACAGUAACCAGAUGAAGCUGUCCAUCCCUGCUCCGAAGUCAAACACUCAGCUGUUCAGCUUCAGCAACAAGGUGCUGUCCGUCUCCUCCGGUCAAACGGAAGUCCUGCCGUCUCUGGAUGAGGACAGGACCGACUCAUCCGAAUGCCAGCCGCUCAUUAGUGGUCUGAAACUCUGCACAACUGCACGAUACUCCAACGCGUCUUCCACAGACCAGGCCCCGUAUUUCCCUCUGACAGGAGAAAGCAGGUUUGCCCUUGAAAUCGAGCCCACAGGAGAAGUGUCCGAGUACACCGCCACCAUCACUAAAGAGACUCUCAGAGAGGGGAAGAAGGGAAGAAACAAAGUGGACUCUCUGAAGAUCUCUCUGAAGGCAGAAGGGGAUGAUUCAUCAGAGGUCUCUGCAUCGUUGAAAUACAACCACAACAAGAACACUGUCAGCACAGAGGUCGUCAUUCCCGACUACGACGUGGAAGCCGGCAUCAAGCUGGCUGUGACCGACAGUGAGGCUAAAGGGAAGAUGAUGCGAGGAAUCACCAUCGAUGUCACCAACAAGAACAUCCCACAGCUGACUCUCAUCGGACGCACCAGGCUCGACAUGAUGAAGGACGCCAUGCUGCAGCUGGAGAUGGUCCUUCCCUCUAUGCAAAGCGACGCCUCUAUCACUGCAACCCUGAAGAAGGAUGAGGGCAUGAUCCUGGAUUUAGAGACAGUCAUGAACCUCCCUGAGACGUCCUCUCAGCAGAAAGCCACGCUCAGAUACGAUGACAAUAAACUGGAGCUGGAACUGAAAUCAGACCUGAAUUCAGAGAUUCAGAAGCUGAUCCCAAAUAUUGAAGAUCAUCACCGGCAGCUGCAACAGCUCAUUGAUCAAAUCCUGGACCAGAAGGUGGCAAAGACGGACAUGAAGCUACGUCACAUUGUCACCAAAGGAAUCGAGGCUGGAGACAUAUGGCUCGGAAAACUGACCCAACAAAUCCCCUACCUCGCAAACCUGCGCAGUAAGAGGAGCAUCUCAGACCUCACUUUGCCGGCUCUGCCUGAGAAACUGUUCCUUCAGAUCGACAGCUUGUUCCGAUACCAGUUCAACAAGGAUACAAUGACGAUCUCUCUUCCUCUUCCUCAUGGAGGCAAAAAGUCAGACGAACUGAACAUCCCGACCUCUCUACCGAUACCCGUCAUAGACUUACCACAGAUCGGCGUUUACGUCCCGGCCAGAAACGUCCCCAUCCCGUCAUUCACAGUCCCGCCUACUUUAGAUUUCACUGUCCCUCUUUUCGGCCUGGCUGAAGCGUCGACUAAGAUCAACAGCAACUUCUACAGCUGGGAAGGCUCCAUCUCUGGAGGAAACAACACUGUUGAUGUCCCGAGCUGCGUUGUGCAGUACAAGGCCAUCGCCCAAUCACCUUUCAACCUGCUGUCGUACAAACUUGAAGGAAUGGGGAUGAUGUCUGGACGCGCUGAUGAAAAUCUCAAGUAUCUUCUGAACAGUUCUUUCAGCCACAGUCUCGUUGAUACAAGCUUCAGUGUCUCAGAAUCCGUGAGAGUAACAGACAAGGUGAACGCAAGAGCCAACUACAAGAUCGAAGUCUCGAGUCCACUCGGCCUGGAAACCACUCUCCACUACUCCGCUCAAGCCAUCUCCAAUCUGGAUUCAGAAGAGGUGCAGGGAGACGGCUCCAUUGAUGGAUUCCUAAAAAUCGGCUCGUUUGUCGCCAAUUCCUCCUACUCCAACAGCUACAACGUGCGUCCGCUAGAUAGAGAGGGGAGAGGAGAGUCCACCCUAAAAGUCAACUUGCCGUUCAUCCAAGUUCACAACAUGAUUCAAGGAUUGUACAAAAACUCUGAGUUGAACAUUGUGUCCAAAACCAACACCCAAGACGACAUCCUGAAGCAUGUAGCAGAGCUCAGGUACAAAGACUCACAGCUGACUCUGAAGUGCAACGCGAUGGCCAAACCUAUGGCGGGUAAAUCCCUCAAUAACAAAAUGGAGCUGGGUGUGUCCAGCCAAAUGGCCGUCCUCAGAGUUGAGUCCCAGGCGGAUGAUGACAAAAACAGGGUGUACUCACUGGUAACAGGAUCCCUGGGUUCAGACGGACUCGCGUUAAACUCAGAGGGGUCCCUCACCUCUGACGCAGGUCGCGGUUUGCACAAAGCUUCUCUCAUGGUGACCAAGGAUGGCCUCACAACAAGCGGGACCAACAGCAUUCAGUGCAGUCCUAUCACAGCAGAGAACGUCUUCAACGCGGCGAUAGACGGUAAUGGAGCCACGCUGUCCUCCGUCACUAAAGCUUUGGCUGAAGAGAGCCGAGGAGAGCUGAACGUCGAGGGUAAAGUCACAGCAGCAGAGGCGUCUUUAUACGCCGUCCUGAAGGGCCACGCUCACGAUGCAACCACGAGAAACAACAUGGACGUUCUGGUGAACCGAAGAGGUCUCACCUUCGCCAGCAACUCCGUGGCAUCAAUGGGGAAGAUGAAUACAGAAAACAGCCACUCACUGGCCGUCACUCUGUGGACGCUCGCCUUUCAAUCCAAGUCGAACAACUUCAUCUGCGAGGACGUGUACUACAAGCAAGACACCAAGCUUGAUAUGAAGCCGUUUGCGAUGUCCAUGGAUAUGACGAACGACUUGAAGCUGUAUGACGCCAGUUUGUUCAACGAAGGCCACGUUAAGCUCGAGCCAGUUAAAGCGGAUCUGAGUGGAAGUGUGAAGGGAACCUACGGAGACGACAACCACUUAAAGAACACCUAUGAAAUCAGCUACGCCAACUUGGCCGGCACGAUGAAGAACAGCCUGUCGGGGAACAUAAUGGACGCACAGCUCAGUCACAGCUGUGAGCUUGAGUUCGCUGGACUUUCCUCCACGUCAAACUGUGAAACAAGAGUCAACUCUGAGCCGCUGCGCUUCGACAGCACCGUCCGCACCAUGGCGCUGCCUUUUAGCUUCACGGUCGACGCUCUCGUGAACAGCGACGGGGAGAUGAAGCUACACGGGAAGCACACCGGACAACUGUACAGCAAGUUCUUAUUUAAAGCCGAGCCCCUCGCUUUUGCAUACUCACAUGACAGCCGAGUGUCGACCACGCACAAACUCAAUAUCGGGACGCCGUCGACUAUUCUGGAAAACAAAUUUGAAGGCCUCCUGACGCCGAGCGACCAAAUUCUGACAUGGAAUUUGAAAUCCAAGCUGAACGACCACACGUACAACCAGGACAUGAAAGCCUACAACGAUCCAGAGAAAAAUGGACUUGAGUUUUCAGGAGAAGUGUUAACAGACUUCUUCAGCAAAUUAAGCAGGGAGAGGAGAUCACCGCCAGAAGUUCAGAAAUUCGGUCUGGCCGGUUUCCUCAAGUAUGACAAGAGCAGCGACUGUCACAUCAUUGAGAUCCCGUUCAUCGAGAGCUUCCCUGCUGCCUUCGAGCAGCUCAAGAACACGCUUGUGCAAGCUUUGGAGUCACUUCAACAGAACAUCAAUAAUUUAGACAUCGAUCAACUGAUCAGUGACUUCAGAGUAAAGUUAGAUCAACUACCAUCGCAAGUGAGCGACUUCAUACAAGAAAUGGACCUGCAGGGGAAAGUUGAUCAAGUAAAAGCAACACUGGAUUAUCUGAUCGGCGAGUUCUCGAUAACGAUGGACGACUUGGAGAUUGCAAUGGAAGACUUGAAAAGGAACUUUGAAAGAACAGUGACGGAUAUGGUCAACAAUAUUCAAGACCUCAUGCGUACGAUCGAAGACUACGUGAAGGACGGACACCUCGCGGACAAGAUCACAGAAGUGCUUUCACAGAUUGAGAGGAUGCUUCAGGAGCUGGACGAUGGGUAUAAAAUCAGGCAGUCGCUCGUCAAAGUGCUGGAUGCGGUUGACGAUAUAAUCCGACAGGUCGAUCUGCAGAAGCUCUCUGAAAGCAGCGCCGCGUGGCUGGAGGAGCUGGACUCUAAAUACGGGAUUUUGGAUAAAAUCAAAAACGCGAUGUUUGAAGUGAAACAGUUCAUCAAGAACUUCGACAUCAGCGUGUUUCUUGAAGAUUUAAAGAACUCUCUUCUCUCCAUUGAUUUGGCCGCUUAUGCUGAGCAGUUGUCCUCUAAGAUCUCCUCGUAUGACGUCGUAAAAGUGAUCGAUUCUAUGAAUGAUGUUAUCGUCAACUGGAUUGAUGAAUACGAAAUCCCCAACAAACUGAACACGGUGUAUACUUACGUCAGGGACUUGCUUUUGAAAUACAAGCUGGAUGAUAAGUUCAAAGACUUAAUGGAUCAGGUUUUGAUUCUUAUAAAGGAUUUUAAAAUAGAUGAGACGGUGCAGUUGAUGGUGGAUGCUCUGAAAUCGAUCAACUUUGAAUCCGUGUAUAAUAAAAUGAUGGACGUUCUGCAGAGUGCAACGAACCAGCUCAGAGCGAUUGACUUUAAGAAGAGCAUCGAGGAGCUUAAUGAAAGCAUUUCUUCGCUGCUGAAGUCGAUGAAGGCGUUUGACUACCAUGCAUUUGUUGACGAGACCAAUGAGAAGAUUGCCGACUUAACAAACUACAUCAAUGAGCAGAUUCAAACGUAUGAGAUUGUCCAGAAAAUAGAGGCUGUGCGGGAGUUUUUCAGGGAGGUCCAAAGUUCAUUUUACACAUAUCUAGAGGGAUUGAGAAACACAAAGGUGGCAGACGCUCUGAAGAGACUAAAAGAUGUGCUGGACACCACUUUUAUUAAUGACAUCCACAUGAAAGCGAAGGAUAUGCUGGAGGACAUGAGGCAGAGAAUCCUUGACAUGGAUAUCAGAAAAGAAAUGUACAUCCACCUUCAAAGAGCAAGCGAGUCCUACACUAAUAUAGUUGCUUACGUUUCUGCACGACUGGAUCAACUCAUAGAGAAGAUCAGAGAAAUGACAAAGGACAGCGAGGUCAUCAAUCAGAUAAAACAAGGUCUCGAUGAAGCUCUGAGCGCCCUGAAGAAAGCUGAGAUCGAAGUCCCCACUUUCCCCGUCCCCCUCACUGACCUCGUUAUUCCAGGGUUCACUAUCAACCUGAACAAACUGCAGGAGAUCAGCAUCCCCGCUCAAAUCUCCGUCCCCGAGUUCACCAUCCUCAACUUUUACACGUUCCCUGGCUUCACCCUCGACUUCGAGGAACUCAAAGCAAACAUAGUUGCAACCAUUGACAGCAUCAGAGAUUUUGAGGUCCAGUGGCCCGACCCUGAGGAGAUCUUCGGUGACCUAAAAGUCCUCUACCUAUCUGAGCUCCCUGACCUCUCCUUACCUGAAGUCACUCUAUCAGAGAUAACAUUCCCCGCCGUCAACAUCCCCAAACUGAAUCUGCAGGACUUUGAAAUCACAAUGCUCCCGAUCCCAGACAUCCGCUUACCCGAGGUUCCCAGUGAAAUCUGCAUCCCAGUUUUUGGAAAACUCCACGGAGAGUUCAUGGUGACCUCUCCGAUUUACACACUGGUCACCAUAGGGAGGAUUGAGAACUCAACGUCCUCCAUGAAAAACCCACAGUUCACUGCCACUAUCACCUCUGAUGCCAAAUCCACCGUUGAGCCCCUCGAGUACAACUUUGAAGCCACCGCUCAUUUGGAAGCUCCCAGAAUGAAGAAGCUGCUAUUCACGGAGCAAAUGAAGCUCACGCACAAAGCCUUCUCCGUUGAACAUGAAGGAUCUUUGACGCUUACCGGCUCCUCUGCUGAGGCGUCUUCCAAGACUACAACCAAGGCCACGACUGAAAUAUACAAAGCAGACUUAGUCAACAGUAUGGGUCUGACAUUGAACAGCGAAAUAUCUGCAGCCGUGGACACAACCUACAACCACAUGUUGGGAAUCCCCUUGAUUGAAGCCUCAAGUCAGGCAUCAGCGGAGCAGCACGUAGCAGCCAAAGUGGAGUCCGGAAGGAUCAUUGUGAUUGGGGAAACUACAGGUAACGGGAAGUGGUCCGUUCUGGAUUACUCUGACGAAGGCACACACAAAAGCAACGUAGAAUUCAACGUCGAUUUUAACACCGCUAAGUUAACCUUCCAAGAAGAAACCGACUGCAAGGCCUUGAAGUCAAAGAAAUCACUGACUGCUGAAUCGGUCAUCUUGAGUCAUUUAACUGUGGAAGCGAGAUGUGAAACCGAAGCUCCGUCCGUCAAGAAGAGCGUCAUGACUCUGAAUGGAGAGGCUAACAUUGGAGACCUGAAGGUUGCACUGGCAGCUUCUCAUGAUGCUGAAUUCACCGGAUUCCUGACUGGCUCCAUGGCCAACACGCUGGCAUUCAACGCCCACCCGUUUGAAAUUGGGCUCGAUGUUAAGAACAAAGUGAACUCAAAGAUCUUCUUCCCCCUGAAGCUCACAGGGAAGGUCGACCUCCAGCAUGAUUGUGGUGUGAUUCUGAACUCUGAGAAGCAGCGUGCAAGUUGUUUUGGUUUGGCAAGAUUCAACCAGUACAAGUGCAAUCACAACAUUACUGCAGAAAACAACAACAUGGACAUCUCCUUACAUGCUGUAGCAAACGGGGAGGCUAAUCUAGACUUCCUGACUGUUCCUCUAUCCAUCCCAGAGGUAGAAAUACCGUACUUCAAUGUGAACACCCCUGAAGUCAGAGACCUCUCUCUGUGGGAACACACUGGAUUGCAAACCUUGCUCACCACUCCUCAACAAUCUUUCGAUAUGAACCUGAAGCUUCAGUACUUAAAGAACCCCGAUGUGCACAGCUUUGAGUUACACCUGGAGCCGAUAUACAACGCAAUCAGAGACAACGGCCACUUCCUCCAGGUUCAGUUUGAAGACUCUAGAGACAAAGCCGUUGCACUUCUGAAGGAUUCAUACAACCAAGCCAAGUUGCAGUAUAUCAAGCACAAAAUUGACACGUCUGGCAUGCCUCCCAGAAUCUUCAGAGUGCCAGGAUACAAGAUACCACUCUUAAAUAUCGAGGUGUCCGCCUUCAGCGCCGAGAUGCCGGCCUUUAGCUACUUUGUUCCCAAGGAGGUCAGCACACCGAGCUUCAAAAUCCCUGCUCUUGGUUUCUCCGUGCCGUCGUACACACUGGUGUUGCCGUCCCUGGAGCUUCCUGUCGUCCAUGUUCCAGAGACUCUGAGUGAAAUAAGCCUUCCCACGUUCACACUGCCAGCCAUCCAGAACAAAAUCGUGGUUCCAGCGUUAGGUAACAUGACUUAUGACUUCUCCUUCAAGUCACCUGUGAUAACCUUGAGUGCUAACGCAGGCCUUUACAGCCAGCCUGACAUCGUCGCUCGGUUCAGUGCCCUUUCUACAUCCGUGUUCAACAUCCUGAAUGGAAAAGCCGAUGGCACCUCCAGUUUGACGAGCAAGAGAGGGAUAAAACUGGCCACCACCGUGUCCCUGGAGCACGACAACGUAGGAGCAAACCACGAAUGUGCCGUCAGCCUCACCAAGAGGAGCGUGGAAGCUUCUGUUGCCAACUCUGCAAAAAUCAAUCUACCGUUCCUCAAUCUGGAGUUCACUCAGGAACUCAGUGGAAACACCAAGACCAAGCCAAGCGUUGCAUCUAAGAAAAAUAUCAGAUACAUGUUUAAUAUUCCUAUGAUUGAAUCUGCGGGUAAAGGAAACCUGGAAAUGAACUGGGCACUGGAUGCUCUGACCUCCUAUGUGUCACUGGAAACCGUAACUAAAGGAAAGUCUGAACUCACGUUAUUGAACAGUCUUACCUCAGCAGGACUUCUUGAAAAUGAGGCCAGUUUCUUCCUUAAUGCCAAUGGGCUGCGUUCAACAAUCAGGACUGCUUUAGAAUCAACCGCAGACAAACUGGGGAGACAAAAACGAAGCUCAGACAACAUCUUCCAGUUUGACUUGAUUGAAAACAUGGCUGUUGAGGUCUCCCUGCGCCGUGUGUUCGCUAAAGUCGACCACAUGAGCAAUAACAAUGUUGAUUUAGCGUUUUUCAAUACAAAUGGAAAGCACGCCGUUACAGGAGAACUAGAUUUUGUUCCGCUAGCAACACUCAAGGCUGCAUUGAACGUUGAUGCAGCUCAGCCGAGUAGUUUGGGUCACGUGGGACUCAUUCAGAACAUCAACCUCGACGUCACCUCGGAGAAGCAGUCGUUCACCAUGAGUGGGAAGGAACAGCUGGCGUCUUUCAUCCAUUCCUGUGACUUAGUUCUGUCCAAUGAUGAAUCUGAGGUACGCAUGGACUUGUCAGAGUCUGUCGAAGGCCACCUCGCCUUCCUGAAGUCAGUGAAGCUUCCUGUUUAUCAGAAGACGCUCUGGGAUGUGCUCAAGUUUGAUCAGGUCACAAAUAUGGACGACUUACAAUUCCUCAACAUCUCCUCCAGCAUAGUUUACACAAAGAGCAUGGACGGCCACGGGUUCAACAUACCAGUUCAGAUAUUUGAAGGCGGUAUCACUCUGAGCUUCCCUGAGAUUCACAUCGCGAUGCCGUCUUGGUUGAAACAAAUCCCGAACUCUGCCAGGAACAUCGACAGUCGAUUGGAAAACCCUGAUGUCCCAGAUCACUUGACUUUCCCCCCUGCGAUCUCAGUCCCAGCCUUCGACCUGCCGUUCACAAACCUGCAUGUGGAGCCUUUCACCAUCGAUCCAAAGAGUCUCAACAUCCCGAAGGUGAUCACCACCACAGCCUUUGACAUCAUGCUGCCCGGCUUGCCGUUAAUGUCAGUGCCAAGCUACGAUAUCGACACAGAGUACCUCCAGGGGAAAGUGCCGUUCCUGUCAUUCAAGAUACCCCAGUACGAUGUCACAGUGUCGUCUUUCUCUCUGCCAAAGUCCCUCACUGUCGGAGAGAGCACCAUCAGCCUGGAUGAAAUCACAACUCAGAUUUCAAACUUUGAGCUCCCGACCAUCAUCAUCCCAGAGCAGAAGAUUGAAAUCCCUGACUUCAGCCUGCACCUGCCUGCAGGUGUGUUCAUCCCAGCCUUUGGAGCCCUCAGCGCCACUUUCAAGCUCAACUCCCCAAUUUAUAAUGUUUCAACCACUGCCAGUCUGGAGGAGAAGGACUCCAACCUGAUGACCUCGCUCACCUCCAUCUGUACCUCCACCAUGAUCUUCUUGGAGUACGAUCUCAACUCCGGUGCAACGCUUGGAUUUGAAAAUGGACUCUUCAGUCUGAAUGGGAAGUGCAACUUGAUUCACAGCGAUGUUAACGUCGACUUGCAGCACGUUUUGACACAAAACCUGAGGAUGAAGCGUCAAACCCUUCCAGCUGAUUCCAUGGAGUCUCGCCACACUCUGAAUGUCGACAUCACCAGCAGAACAUUUGCAGACGCGAACUUCCGCUUCGCUUCCCGCAGAGAUGGCAUCACCGCAUCGAUGUCCUCGCCCUCCACUGGUUACCUCGGUUUGCAUUUACAGCGGAGGUCUGCGUCUCAGCUGUACGGGAAACUGUUCAGCCGAUACCUGUCCUCUCCUGAGAAGGAUACUGAUGUUCUGACGGCCAAAGCCACGCUGAAGAACUCCCAGAAGUUGAUGUUCCAGAUGUCAUGGAAUUGGGACUUCCUCAAUGAUUUCAUCGAGGGGGCCAAAAUGAAGAUCCCUGCUAUAACUGAUGCUGUCGUUAAGUUCAUUAACAAAUAUCACAUGGCUCACUUUGGUUUUGAUGUCAGCCGUGGAGGCAUGAAGCUGAAAAACACAAUGUCCAAUGUCAUAGAGCGAGCCUAUCACGAGGUGCCUUUAUCUUUUGACUCGCUGCAGGAUUCGAUCACAAACACUUUGGAUCAAGGGAAAGAGAUGUACAGGAAGGCUUCAGACAGACUGAUGUCCAUAGAUGUGCAGGAUUUCAUGGACAGGUUAGCCCGUGAGGUAAAGCCCGCUUUGAAACACAGCGAAGGAAAGAUUUUAGACAUGCUGGAUGCAAUCACAGAGUUCCUCGGUAAGGUUAAGUUUCCCGUGCCAGGGUCUGAGGAGGAGCUCUCAGGUCUGGAGAUGAUCAGGAAAGCUCGUCGGUCUGUUACAAGAGCUGCUGACAGAGCAACCCAAAGGUUCGCCGGCCUCUUGGAGAAGGUUUCUAACUCCAUCAGAGAAAUAGAGUUGACCAUACCUGGAACCGGGGUUGUUGUGAAUGGAAACGAGAUCAUGGAUAAACUGGAGACUGCUGCUAAGAAUGCGUUAAAUCAGGUUGUCCGGUUAAUGCGCAGGGGGUUUGAGUGGCUUUUACAGACGGUCAAUGACUUCAUGCAAGUGAUUGCUGAAAAAGGCGACAGAGUUAUGAACUACCUGCAAAAACAAAAUGCAGAAAUUGCUCCUGACAUUGAAGCCUUCCAUGCAAACGUUCUAGAGUCUUCAGAACGCCGUAUAGAAGAGGCGAAGAGAUUUGUGUCCGAGUAUAAAGAUCUGACCAAAAUGAACAUUCAAGAAGUUUAUAGUGCUUUCAAUAUGGAGCGAGUAAACACUAAUGCCUAUGAGUUUAUAAGUAUUUUGCAGUCACACCUCCACGGAGGACUUAAUGAAGGAGUAGAUUUAAUUAGGCAGGCGUCCCAAAGCACAGCACCGUACUUAAAAGUGAGCAAUAAAAAGAUGGAGGUUGAAAUUCCUUUACCUUUUCUGUGGAAGUCUUUCAGCGAUUGGCCGACGCAAUCCAGGCAGUGAAGCACGCCUCGCCUGAUGACCUGUUUUCUUUAUGUCUGAAUACAAAUUUAUAGCCUGCGUGAAAAAUGACAGUGGUAGUUUGAUGUCAAUAAAAACGACUCUGGAGAUGUUACAAGAUAUUCUUUCUGUGAUUUGAAUUUGACAAUUCAUACAUUUAUGAUUUGACAAUGUGAUACAUGUAAGUUUGUUCUAUGAUGGUGUUCAAUUAAACAAUGUUGAAUAC